GGGCGGAAGUGGUCCAGCCUCCGCCGCCGGCGCGGGGGCGCGGGGGCGCGGGGGCGCGGGGUCUCCGGGCCGGAGCGGGCCCGCCGGCGGCCGGGAUGGUGCAGCUGUACAACCUGCACCCGUUCGGGUCUCAGCAGGUGGUGCCCUGCAAGCUGGAGCCCGAGCGCUUCUGCGGCGGAGGGCGCGACGCGCUGUUCGUGGCGGCGGGCUGCAAGGUGGAGGCGUUCGCCGUGGCCGGGCAGGAGCUGUGCCAGCCGAGGUGCGCCUUCUCCACGCUGGGCAGGGUGCUGUGCCUGGCCUACAGCGAGGCCGGAGACUAUUUGGCAGCAAUUGAAGAGAAAAACAAAGCAACAUUUCUACGUGCAUAUGUGAACUGGAGAAGUAAAAGGACUGAAAACUGUCGCGUGUGUAUCCGGAUGGUGGGACAUAAUGUGGAGGCGCCCUUCAAUGACACCUACAAGGACCAGAUGUCGAUUAUUGAAAUGCCGCUUACUGAGGCCCCAUUGUGCAUCUCCUGUUGCCCAGCGAAAGGAGACCUUCUUGUUGGUUGUACCAAUAAGUUAGUCUUAUUUAGUUUGAAGUGUCAGAUCAUUAAUGAAGAAUUCUCAAUACUGGACUUUGAACGUUCUUUAAUUAUACACAUAAAUAAUAUCAUUCCUGUUGAAAUUUCUUUUUGUGUUGGUUAUAUUGCUCUCAUGUCAGACUUAGAAGUCUUAAUCCUAAAACUGAAGUCAGACCCUAAAAAUGGGAAGAAUGUUAAUCACCAGCCACAUAAGACCAACAAUCCAAUGAAACAGACAGAAGGUGCCAGUAAUGAAACUUUGCAGCUUGAGUCAGAUGAUUUUGUUAUCUGUCAAAAGCCCAUGGAACUUCUUGGUGAAAAAAGUAGCCAAUCUGGGAUAUCUGUUACACUGGAGUCAACGGGAUUAGCUGACGAAAAAAUAAAAUAUUACCACGUUCAGCACCUGCUCUAUAAACGUUUUGCUCCUGAUAUUUCAUCAUAUGUCUUAGCUGAUGACAUCAAGUUACAUUCACUUCAGCUGCUACCCAUUUACCAAACAGGUUCUCUUACUUCUGGUAGAAAAAAUUUGUCUCAGGAAAAAGAGUUACUGAGUCUCUUCUGUUUUUUCUCAUUACCUCAUGUGGGCUAUCUCUACAUGGUUGUCAAAUCUGUUGAAUUAAUGUCAGUUUACCAGUAUCCUGAGAAGUCUCAGCAGGCGGUGCUCACACCACAAUUUUUGCAUGUCAUCGCAAGCAACAACCUACAGUGUUUCACAGUGCGGUGCAGUGCAGCGGCAGCUCGUGAGGAAGACCCUUAUGUGGACACCACCCUGAAGGCUUGCCCACCUGUCAAUAUGGAUGUCUGUGCUCUAAGAAUACAGCUUUUCAUAGGUUUGAAAGCCAUCUGUCACUUUAAAAACCACCUCAUACUUUUGACCAAGGCAGACCCUGAGACCAUUCCAGAGAGAAGAGAAUCACCCAAGAGGCUUCUUUCUAGAAAAGGAACCAGUGUUAAGCUUAAAACACCUCCUGUAGCUGAGGCUGGGUGGAAUUUGUAUAUUGUGGAUACGAUCUCACCAGUGCAACUGUACAAAGAAAUGGUAGACUACAGUAAUACCUACAAGACUGCAAAAACCCAGAGCUGCAUCCACCUUCUUAGUGAGGCUCAUCUGUUAGUAAGGGCUGCUUUGAUGGAUGCCAGUCAGUUGGAACCUGGAGAAAAAGCAGAGCUUUUGGAAGCAUUUAAAGAAAGCUGUGGGCACCUUGGAGACUGCUAUAGCAGGCUUGACACCCAGUAUUCCCACCUCGCCUUGCCCUACUAUAAGAUGUCUGGUUUGUCCAUGGCUGAAGUUCUAACCCGAGCAGACUGGGUACUAGAGGAUGGAUCGCAAAAAUACGAGAGGGGAUUAAUCUUUUACAUUAAUCAUUCACUUUAUGAAAACCUGGAUGAAGAAUUAAGUGAAGAAUUAGCAGCAAAAGUCGUUCAGAUGUUCCAUGUGGCUGAGCCAAAGCAACUGCCCCAUAUUCUCUGUAGUCCUUCUAUGAAGAAUAUUAAUCCUCUAACUGCCAUGAGCUAUCUAAGAAAGCUGGAUACUUCUGGGUUUUCAUCGAUCUUAGUGACAUUGACCAAAGCAGCACUGGCUCUGAAAAUGGGAGAUCUUGACAUGCACAGAAAUGAAAUGAAAAGCCAUCCAGAGAUGAAGUUGGUAUGUGGCUUCAUUCUGGAACCUCGGCUACUGAUGCACCAGAGAAAGGGACAGAUUGUUCCAACUGAGCUUGCAGCACACUUGAAGGACACUCAGCCUGGACUGCUUGUGGCUGCAGUUCUGGGUUUACAGAAGAACAACAAAAUUGGAAUUGAAGAAGCAGAUUCCUUUUUUAAGGUACUUUGUGGCAAGGAUGAAGAUAUAAUUCCUCAGCUCUUGGUAGACCUUUGGGAAGCUCAGCUUGUAGCAGGUCUCCCAGAUGUGGUUCUCCAGGAACUCUUUUUCAAGCUCACAUCACAGUACAUCUGGAGAUUAUCCAAGAGGCAGCCCCCUGACACCAUACCAUUGCGAACAUCACAGGAUCUGAUAAAUGCCUGUAGUCAUUAUGGCUUAAUCUAUCCAUGGGUUAAUGUCUUAAUAUCAUCUGAUUCAUUAGUGGAUAAAAGUUAUAGAGAAGACCUUUCAAAAUUACAGUCUCUUAUAUGUGGUCCUUCAUUUGACAUAGCUUCCAUUAUUCCAUUCCUGGAACCACUCUCAGAAGACACUAUUGCUGGCCUCAGUGUCCAUGUUCUGUGUCAUACGCGUUUGAAAGAGUAUGAACACUGUAUAGACACACUGUUAGAAAGAUGCCCAGAGGCGAUCAUUCCAUAUGCUAAUCAUGAACUGAAAGAAGAGAAUCGGACUUUAUGGUGGAAAAAACUGCUUCCUGAACUUUGUCACAGAAUAAAAUGCGGUGGAGAGAAAGGUCAACUUUACUUGUCAUCAUUAAAAGAAACAUUGUCAGUUGUUGCUGUGGAACUAGAACUGAGGGAUUUCUUGAAUGUCCUCCCAGAAGACGGCACUGCAGCUUUUUUCUUGCCGUAUCUUCUCUACUGCAGUCGAAAGAAAUCUUUGACUUGAAGGUAUCAUUUGAAAAAUACUACAAUGCCAUAAGAGACUGACUUAAAAAAAAACAAACAAACAAACUGAAUGUCAGGUAAAAAUGUAAAUAAAGGAUUUUCAUAUAGAA